UAGGAGCAUGUGUUAUGGUUUUUGAAGCUCUUUACGAAGUUUGUUUAUUGAUGGUUUAUUGAAUUGUUGUCCUUUAUUCUGGAACUGACAAAAAGUGGUUGCUCCACCGGAGAGCUUGCUAUCGCGAACGUGGUCUACGGCAUCCAGUGAGAUACUGCGUGCAAAAUGUAUUCUGUCUUGUUCAAGCAGGAACUGGCCCAUGAUGAUGCAAUCUGGAGCUGUGCUUGGUCGAAGUCGCCAAAAGAUGGGACGAACCACAUUUUGACUGGUUCUGUUGACGACACUGUGAAGUGCUGGAAAUGGGACGAUGAGAAACUGGAACUGCUACAUGUUUUUGAGGGCCACGCUCUUGGUGUCUUCUCUGUUGACGUAUCUCACGAUGGCAAAGUUGCUGCAUCAAGUUCCUUGGACAGCAACAUAAAGCUCUGGGAUUUGGAUACUGGUGAAGAAAAAAAAAAUAUUGAUGCAGGUCCCGUUGAUGCUUGGUCUGUGACCUUCUCACCCGACUCUCGAUUUCUGGCAUCCGGAUCCCAUUCAGGCAAAAUCAACCUCUAUGGCAUUGAAUCCUGCAAGUUGGAAUCCUCGCUUGACACAACGGGGAAGUUCACACUUAGCAUUGCGUUCAGUCCAGAUGGAAAGUACAUUGCAAGUGGUGCCAUUGAUGGCAUCAUCAAUGUUUUUGAUAUUUCCACAGGAAAGCUGGUGCACACCCUCGAAGGUCAUGCCAUGCCUAUCAGGUCAUUAACAUUCUCACCAGACUCUCAGAUGCUAGUCACUGCAUCUGAUGAUUGCCACAUCAAGGUAUAUGAUGUCCAACAUGCUGAUCUUGUGACUACACUUUCUGGCCAUGGUUCGUGGGUGCUGCACGUGGCCUUCUGCUCUGACAACACCCACUUUGCUUCAAGUUCAUCAGACCGGACAGUGAAAGUGUGGGACCUGCCAGCGAAGGAGUGUGUCCACACAUUCAGCGAGCACACAGAUCAGGUCUGGUGCACCAAGUACAACCCCAUGGGGAAUCGCCUGGUUUCGGUCUCUGAAGACAAAAGCAUCAUCAUCUAUGACUGUCCUGUGUAAAUAAAGUCUCCCAUCACUGCG